UUGUUUUAAUUCUUUGUAGGAAAAUUGAUCAGAAUUAUUUCACCGGUCCCCUACCAGCAUUCAUCGGCAAUAUGACCGCAUUAACGUCAUUGUCAAUUGCCACCAAUUCAUUCUCUGGGCCCAUCCCCAAGGAGCUUGGAAACCUUAAGGAGCUAACUAUGCUGGCCUUUGGAUCAAAUAAUUUCUCCGGAACACUCCCUCCAGAACUUGGUAACUUAGUCAAGCUCAAGGAAUUGUACAUGGACAGCUGUAGAUUUAGUGGUGAAAUUCCUUCAACAUUUGCUAAGCUCACCAACAUGCAACUCCUGUAAGAAUGGCCCUUAAGUGGU